AGCAACUUCCAUACAAUUUCUUGUAAACAAUGGCGUCGUCUGAACCCUUGGAUGAUAGAAAAAGAGUUAAAAUUCUGAUUAUUGGAGCAGGAAUGGCAGGAUUGUCGGCUGCAAACCACUUAGCCAAGAAUGGAAUGACCGAUUUUCUGGUUUUGGAAGCUUCUAACAAAAUUGGUGGCCGAAUCUUCUCAGCGCAGACAGGAAAGCACAGGCUGGAACUCGGAGCAAACUGGAUUCAUGGAGUACUCGGAAACCCGUUGUAUGAAAUUGCGAUCGCAAAUGGUCUGAUUGAUAUCGUUCAUGUACCAAAACCUCAUAGAAUUGUUGCUGCUACUGAAGAUGGAAAGCAAGUACCUUUUGGUGUGCUGCAGGAAAUGUAUCAGGCAUAUGUUUGCUUCCUUCGGAGGUGCGAAGAAUAUUUCUUAUGCCAGUACCUACCCCCAGAGGGUAUUAAUAGUGUGGGUGAGCAUUUAGGGUUAGAAAUGACUCUUUUCUUGGAGAGAGUAAGUGAUCCUGUACAACGCCAUCUGCGCUCACUGAUUUUUCGAUGCCUGAUGAAAAGAGAAACCUGCAUAGCGGGUUGUCACAGUAUGUCAGAUAUUGAUCUACUGCAGCUUGGUAGCUAUACUGAACUUCAGGGAGGAAAUAUUGCCUUGCCAUCGGGUUAUAGUAGCAUCUUGGAGCCCGUAUCAAGGCUCAUUCCACCUCAAAACAUCUUAAAGAAGCACCCAGUAGCUACUAUAAGAUGGCGAUAUAGUGAAGAACUUUUAUUAGGUAAAUGUGUUGUAAGCCCUGGCACAGACUCUGGCAUUGACUUACGAGGUCUAGGAGAUGCUGGAAAUGAAUCAGAUGAUUCUGAUGUCACAGUUACCGGAGAAACUCCGCCAGAUAUCUCUCCGAAUUCCAGCAGAGAGCCAAGCAGUGAGAAGGAAUGCAUCAGUGUUGUUGAAAAUAUUAACAUUAAUGUAUCUAACAAUUUUAAGUCUGAAGACGAAUCAGAUUGUACUGUGCCUGAAUCAGGUAUUGAGUCAAAGACUGAAGAAGAAGAUCUUGCUUGUCCUCAGGGCGGUUCCAAAACUAUGGGUCACAGUAUUCCAAGAAGAAAGAAAAGCAGAAAACGUAAAUCCCAACAACCCAAUGUUGAAGUUGUGUGUGAAAAUGGUCAACAAUUCUAUGCAGACCAUGUUAUUUGCUGUAUUCCUUUGGGAGUGUUAAAAGCUCAAGCUUCUCAGAUGUUUUGUCCUCCCUUACCGCAAUUCAAAUUAAAAUCAAUUGAUAAACUUCUGUAUGACACUGUGGAUAAGAUCUUCCUGGAAUAUGAUAGACCAUUUCUGAAUCCAGAGGUGUCUGAGGUCAUGCUUUUGUGGGACUCGGAAGAAUGCUGCAGUGAUGCCAAUGAAAUGAAAAAUAAGUGGUAUCGUAAAAUAUAUUCAUUUUCUAAAAUCUCAGAAACCCUUCUUCUAGCGUGGAUUUCAGGGAAAGAAGCUGAAUAUAUGGAAACCCUAUCUCAUGAAGAAGUGGCGGAAACAUGUACUGAUAUAUUACGAAAGUUUUUAAAUGACCCUUUUGUUCCAAAGCCAAGAUCUUGCAUUUGCACAACUUGGGGCUCACAGCCAUAUACCCGUGGGUCAUAUACAGCUAUUGCUGUUGGAGCAAGUCAAGAUGACAUUGAUAAUGUUGCUCAGCCUUUAUAUUCAAAUGAUCAACAAGUCAAGCCUGUUGUCCUAUUUGCUGGUGAGCAUACUCACAGCAGCUUCUAUUCUACAGUUCAUGGGGCAUAUCUUACUGGUAGAAGUGCCGCCCAGAUACUCCUGGCACCUGAUUCUCCUGAAGAGCUAAUUCUUGAAGCAGAUGAGGAUGCUAGUGACCUAAGCUCAUGGAUCCAGGGCAUUGCUCUUCAGUGAUAUAGUUAUUUGCUCAGUGAUAGAAAAGAAAACUGUGAUGUGUUUCUGUGUUUGUUACAGAAAGAAAACCCAUUUAAAUGUUUCCAGUAAAUGUUCCAGUAUUGUUACUUUUCAGAAAAAGUGGGUCAUACAAGGUUCAGUAGUAUGUUGUUAAUUGCCCUUUGCUUUUAUUUUCUAAAACCAAAAAUAGGGAUAAAGGUUGUGCUUUUAAGUUUAUAUAUUUUUACCUUGCUGUUACAUAUUUGCUAACGCUUUUGAAUGCCACAUUUUUCAUCCAGAUGUUUUGUAUGGAAACUCUUGCCUCAUCUGCUUUAUUUCUACAGGAACCUUCUAAGUACUUCAGGAGACAGUCCUAGAUAUUUGUUCUCCAUUUUAAAAUAUCUAUCAAACUGAAAUGUUUUUAUUUUUGCACUGUGCACUUUUAUUUUGUGAUCUAUUUAAGGGCUAGAGCUAGGUGGGUGGCUAAACCUAGGAUUGACCAGACAAAUUUGGCAAUCCUAGGUGUAGCCACUUUUGCUGCUAGCUGUUCCUAGGCUCAGGACGCACAGGUUGUUAAGUGUAGCAGACACAUUGUUUAAAUUUUUUAGUUGCAACAAAACUGAGAGAGACUGAUGUUUAUUUUACUUCUGUUUCCUUUUAAAGUUUCUCUUUCUUUGGAUGUUUCCUUUUUUUAGGGGGAAGGGGAGGGGGUGCUUCUCUCCUUUUUUUUUCAGAAGUACUGGGUUUACAUUAAUUUGCUGUUUCCCCUCUCUUUUUUGCAUUAUCAAAUGCAACUGCAAAUGGCACUCCAACAAAUCUUGUGGAGAAAAAUUAAAGAACUAAGAAAGGCACUGCUUUUAAUUCCUGGUGUACCUAUGCAUUUUUAGGUUUAACUUAAGUGUCACCUACAUCUUGCUGAUCCUAGGAACAGCCAGCAGAAAAAGUGACUUCAGCUGGGAUUAUCAAAUUGGCUGGAUGGAUUCUAGAUUUGACCAGCUAAUCCUAGCUGUAGCCGCCCACCUAGCUCUAGCCAUAACGAAUGUAGCUGCUUGGUUGGUUUUCUCUGCCGUUGCCAGGAAGUUUGAACAAGGUUGUUUUAGAUCAGUUCAAGCAAUUGUCUGUCCUGCCUGGAUUUAUCCAACAAUAAAAGAACUCUUGUGAUUGUGCGGGGUGUGCGUCAUGCACAAAUAUUUCUAGUGUUAAAUUAUGCCUGCUUGUUAUAAUAAUAAUAAUUAUUAUUGUUGUUGUUGCAAGAUUCUAAUAUUGUAAAGAGCUGUGAUCUUAGAGCAUCUAGCAAGUGUUACUAGUGUUUUAGAAAAUUCCAUUUCCAUUGUAUGGUUUUCAAGAAUAUGGGCAGGCUUUUGUGAAAGUAGGAUGGAUACAUCUGUCAAACUUGAAAUCAGAAUUUCCGGCCUUCAGAAUUGUGGGUAUUUUGGUUUUAAUUUGAAGAAAAAGUUUGAGCAAUUAGUGAUUAGAUCAUUAGGUAUUAAAUUCGGUCUGUCCCUCUUAAAAUAAAUGCACACAUGAAUUUUUGCAUUACAGCAUUACAUUGGUUUAUAUUUUCUUGAAAUAAGGAGGUACAGGACCAAGGAGCUGCUUUCAUUGAGAGUCAAGACUGCAUAUAUAUGUAUUAUGAAACUUGCUCUGAUUUGUUUCAUUCACUAGGUGAUUUAUUUUACUUCAUCAGCCAAUUUGCCUGACUGGAUGGAUUCUAGUUGUCUUUGGCUAUAACGACCUUAUUUGGAUUUGCAUGUUGCUUUGUCAAUUAUUAGAACAAAACUCUUUUACUAUGAUUGAUUGAUUGAUUGAUUGAUGCUAUUUUUUGCAAUACUCAUUUACAGCUUGAAUAAAUUUGUAGUAUUUACUCUUUAUGACCACUGUGUAGUUCAACACACAAGAAACUUUUUCAAUUUGCCAAUAAAUUUAUUUUCCUACUAGGAUAUCUUGGAAUUCCAGCUAUCAGCACAUUCACUGAACUGAAUUUUGAAUUCUUGUUCACUACCAUAGGCAUAUGAGAAUUGUGUUCUGAUUACAGUGAGUGUUUUAAGCUUAUACCAAUAACUGAGAAAUAUCUAGUCAUUACUUAAGAUUUAUUUUAUAAAUAUUGGCUGCUUCCAAUUUUGUUUUAUUUGUAUUUUAACCCAAAAUACUAGAUCUUGGCCUGUUGUUACAAUAUAUUUUAUGUAGGUAAUAAAUUUGUUCCCAUACAUCAG